GAAGCCGACUUUUAACAACCUUCCACCGGGAUGGCCUCCUCCGGAACGAGAUAAGAUAACCGGAGCUGGUAGGACCAAAGUCCAUCAGGACACACAACUGACGAGGUCAACGUCCGCACCUGGAGCGCAGAGAGGCUCGCGCAGCGCAAAUGGCGCGACGCGUUCGUUGAGAUGAAUGAAAACGUACAUUAGUGUUGGGGUUGUUGUGAGAGUGUUGUCAUCAGCAGAUGUCAACCAGUCAAACGGAGUUGUUCCAAGUGUGAGAAGACGAAGAACGGUUUCAUGGCGAAUUUCAAAUGUUGCUGGAGGAGGGGAUGGUGCGCUUCGGCCUUCCAGGGUCUUUUGUCUGACCACGCACUGAAGUCCCUGCUUCGCACCCUGGCCCCCACCCUGUGCCUGGCGGGGGUGAUGGUUUACGCCCUGGCAGAUAAACUCAGAGACUUCGUGGCCGGCGUCUUCAUCCCACAGUACCACUUCCCCUAUGCACUGGCUCUCUGCUUUGCCCAGGUUCUGCUCUCCCUCUUCGUCUUAAAUCUCCUCCACGUCCUGGAUGUGGUGCCUCUGAAGCGUUACUCCAGGUCGCUGGGGGAGAAGGUGCUGGUGCCCUCCAUCUGCAUGGGCAUCCAUGCCGUGCUGGCCACGUGGGCCAAGGCCAACUGCUCAAGCGUCAGCCUCUUCUCCCUCACCCAGCCUCUGCUGCCCGUGGCCACCGCGGCUUUCAGUUUGUGUCAGAAGCCGGCGUCCCCUCCGUCCCUCGUCGUCUCUGUUCCCAUUUCCAUCCUGGGCGGAACAUCUCUUGUCGUCACGGCCUGCAGGGAUCUGUCAGGUGUGGAACCCCUGGAGUACAUGUACGCGCCUCUGGCUUUGAUCCUCCACAGCGUGUCUCUGACUUGGCUGGCUAAGGUGUCUGAGGCCGAGCGACGCAACUCCCCCGGCGCCCAGGCCUCCAUGUUUGACAUCUACCACGUCCAGCUGGUGAACCAGAGCUGGCUGCUGGGCCUCUUGUGGCUGCUGCACCCGGACAGCCCCCGGCAGGUGUUGGGUCACAGCAGCUGGCGGAGCCUGCUCUUCCACGGAUACCUGCUGGCUAUCCUCCUGCUCGGCGCGGCGUUGAACUUCGUGGUCGCCGCGGCGGCCCUGAGCGCCUCGCCGAUCGCCGCCGCGCUGCUGCACUCGGCGAGGCCGCUGGUGCAGCCGUUCCUCCAGCUUUUGUAGGCCCUCCCCGAUGGUCGGCGAAGGACGUGGGGCGCUGGGCCACACGGCGCAGCAGGAGGGGACUAAAAGGGGGUCCGACAGAACGCGCUACUCAGAUGACAUGGAGAAUUUUAGCAGAUUGUAAACAUGAUAGUAUAUUGUAAAAGCUGAACGGGUCAAGGAUUUACAAUUCAAUUCAUCACAUGACAGGUUACUUAUUUAAGACACCACUGGAAUAUUUUUAUUGCCAUAAAUAUUUAUUUUAAUACUAUAUGCACUUCACAUGCUCUUUUUUAACACAUCUCUAUUUAGGAUAUUGUCACCUCUGUUGGUGCUUAUACUGCACAAGUACAUUGAGGAUUCUUUUAGUAAAAGGUUUUGAAACAGUAUGAACAGAACAUUUGUUUAAAAACCAAUAGAUGCAAUAGAUGCUUCCUUAAUGGGAGAGCAGCCGUUUCCGAAAAAGCAAUAAAACGUGUUGCACUCAGGUCAAACAACACAAGCUUUAUUUUAGAGCUGAAACUAAUAUCAAGCAUUUUUUGAUGUUUAUUCAUGAAAAGCAAUUUUUUUUUGUUUGGGAUAGGGCACUCAAGACUAUUGGACAAAAUUGUACCUGUGACAUAACUUACUGAACAGUAUUUAAGCCUUAAACUCAGAUGUUCACCCUCGGGUCAUUUAUUUGAACUCAACAGAGUUUUAAAUGCUGCCUUAACCGUGUUGAAAAUGUCUAAACAAAGACUGAA